CCGGUAGCGUCGGAGCGCGCAUGCGCAGUGCGGGUCACAUAGAGACAGAGGAAAUAUCAACAGCAUGUUCUUGGUUACUGUAUCUUUUUUUAGCCGCACUGCGCAUGUGCAGUGUGAAUAAUGUGGAAAAUGAGCUGUAGCCUUUUUUCUUUUAGGGUUUCGGGCGCUGAUUGAUGGUUUAUGUAUGUGUGUGUGAGUGUGUGAGUGUGUGAAUGCGCGUGCACGCGUGUGUGUGUGUGUGAGUGAGUGAGUGAGUGUGUGUGUGUGUGUGUGUGUGUGUGAGAGAGAGAGAGAGAGAGAGAGAGAAGUGGCUGAUAUUACAGGCAAAGGAUCGACUUGAUUAUUCCGUCCUCCACAUUUUGGACUUUUUUAAAAUUUUAAAACCCAAAAUAAUGUCCGCAAAUAAAGUGAAGAAAGUGAAAAUGGCUACCAAAUCGUGUCCGGAAUGUGACCAACAGAUCCCUGUGGCCUGUAAGUCGUGCCCUUGUGGUUACGUCUUCAUCAGCCGAAAGCUGCUCAGAGAGCCGCCUGCUAUAGACAAAUCGGACGCGAAAAGAAGACGACCGGAAAGAAUAAGAAGGGAAAAGAUCAACUUAACGUCCACCAAUGAUAUGGAGAACAGGAGGCGGUCCCGCUCCAACAGCCAAUCAGAUACCAUCCGGAGGGGGCGGGGCAGGCCGAAGACCGUGGGAUUGAAGAAGCAGGAGGAGGAGAAAGAAAAACAGGAGCGGGAAGUCGAUAUUUACGCCAACCUGUCGGACGAGAAGGCUUUCGUGUUCUCCGUGGCCUUAGCUGAGAUCAACCGCAAGAUCCUGGGCCAGAGACUGAUCUUGUAAGGGGGCGGAGCUACAGAUGAUUGCCAGGUGAAAGUUCAGGACUCGUAUUGCAUGGCCCUCCGGGUGAUGUGUGUAUCUGGGAGGAAGGCGUGAAGUCGGGACUGGUGAGCGUCUCACUCGGGCGGCUGAUGGUUUGUGGAGUCACACGAGGACGAGGGAACGGUGACCGUGGCGAUUCUUUAAAUAUUGUAAACAUGGACAUGUAGGAAUCUUCUCUAUUUAUCUUUAAACAGAUUUUAUGGAAUGUAUUAAAGAAGGAGUGUUUUUUUUUUCUCUUUUAUCCAAGUUGUGAUUUGUCAACACAAUGCACACGUUCUCAUUCACAUCAUACUUUUUUUUUUUUUUGGCUAUUUUUUUUAAAAGAUCAACAGGGUUUUUUAGUCAUGAUGAAACGUAGUAAAACAUUUUUAAGGUAUUAAAAGAGUAGUUAGGCCAAAAAUGAUAUUUACAUAAUUCAACCAGCUGAGACUUGUUUAGAUUUGAGAAGUGUCUGAAGUUUGCUUCUCGUACUUUGGCUAGAGGUAGCUAAGUUGAGGGAAGCUUAUAGCUACCAGAUUAGCAUCACGCACACACGUUAAAAGACGUCAAUUAACUCAUCAGUGCCAUUUUUUGACACAAGCAUGAGAAAAUAUAUCCAUAUUAAAUAUAUAAAAAAACAAAUUUGAACUCAGUCGUCAAUCUUUGGGCCACGCCCUCUGCUUGAGGGUUUGAAUUGGAGCCGCGACUGGGUUUUUUUUUUUUUUUUUAAGCUCUGCACCAUCCGUUGGUACGUUUUUUUUAAUAAAUAACAGUGUCAUGCAGUGUGAGAAACCACAUCAGCAAAGUCUGAGGAUUUAGACAUGGAGCCUAUAUGUUUUCCUUACUUUAGCUACACUAGCCAGUGCAAAAUUAAAGAAGCAAAUUUCACCAAAUAUGUUUCAGCUACUUGUAUUUUUUAUUUGCUGAACUUUAACUUUGAAAUGCAACAAAUGUGAAAUAUUGAGAUUGCUAUAAAGGCCCUGUUUACAUCUUCCAUUAACGAGCAUUUCUUCUAAUCCAGUUACGAUUGUGCAGCAUGUCCGACUGGAGACAAGUGUGAACUUGACUGGAGAUCCUCCAGAGGUCUGGUUCGAGCUGUGAUUGUACUGUGUGUUCUCAUUUAUUCCAUAAAACCAGAAUACAGAACCUGAGGGAGAUCAUUUAUAUCCUAAAUAACAUAUUUAUAUAUUGUGGAAGAGAAAUGGGAUGUAGCACAAGAAAGAGAUUGGAUUUGGUCAGUAGUGUGUGGCUGCAGUCCCACAGAGUGACGACAUAAGAAGGAAACCCCAGACUGGACGGAGGAAGCCCCUGCUUGGGCAGAGGAAGCCCCAAACUGGACAGAGAGAACCCCUGCUUGGGCAGAGGGAGCCCCACACCAGACAGAGAGGAUCCCUGCUUGGGCAGAGGGAGCCUCACAGUGGACAGACAGAACUCUUGCUUGGGCAGAGGGAGCCCCACAGUGGACAGAGAGAACCCCUGCUUGGGCAGAGGGAGCCCCACAGUGGACAGACAGAACUCUUGCUUGGGCAGAGGGAGCCCCACAGUGGACAGAGAGAACCCCUGCUUGGGCAGAGGGAGCCCCACAGUGGACAGACAGAACUCUUGCUUGGGCAGAGGGAGCCCCACAGUGGACAGACAGAACUCUUGCUUGGGCAGAGGGAGCCCCACAGUGGACAGACAGAAUUCCUGCUUGGGCAGAGGAAGCCCAACACCAGACGGAUAGAACCCCUGCUUGGGCAGAGGGAGACCCAGACCAGAUGUAGGGAGCCCCAUACUGGAUGGUGAGAACCCCUGCUUGGGCAGAGGGAGCCCCACACCGGAUGGAAGGGGCCCCUGCUUGGGCAGAGGAGGCACCAGUUCAAAGUCCAUCUUUCCUGCAUUCUUUCACACUUGUGCCCAGCGUGAGGCUUGCUCUGUGGGGCUGCGCCUGAGUGUCGUUUACUUGUUCAUUAUGAAUGUUAAUUUAAGGCGUAAACAGGGCCGUAAAGUACUGAGUGCACAAGUUAAGUGUUCUUCAUCCAGGUCACAGAUCUAAACAUUUCCAAAGAGUGCUCCGUAUAUCAGAUGGCUGAUGUCUCACACCGAGCUUGUUGAAAGCUGAACAACUACUUUUUUAUUUAUUUUAAACGUUCCGGUGAGCCAUUCUGCUUUGUAAAUGCAACUGAUCAAAAAGUGGGUGGGGACUCUGAAGCUAAUACUGGGGAACGAACUUUAUUUAUUGGUGCUUUUCCACUCUAAUUUAAGUGCAUCUUCUAUUUUAUGGCCUUUUAUUAAUGUUUAUUUCACAAAUGGUUAAAGUGUACAUGUGUAAUAAUCACCACGAUUAUAUUAAACAUCAGAGGGAAAACA